UUCUAACGCGACUGGAUUCAUAUAUAAAGUAAAUGUUAAUGGGUCAUCACUUGAAUUGUAAAUUGUGCAGCCAACAGACCUAGUCGUUCUUAGAAAAGGUAAUCAAAAUGAAGAUGAUAGCAGUUUUAUUCUUGUGUAUAGUGGUUGCAGUAAACGCAGUUACUGAAUGCCCAGACGUUCCUGGUGUAGGAGUUAUAAAAGUUGGAGAAGAAAAACCAGUCCAAGGAACCUGUAACGUUGCCACCUGCCAUGAAGAUGGAACUAUUUCCAUGAAAACAUGUCCAUCAGCAGCGGCCCGUCCACCAUGCAAGUUUGUAGACGGUGAUCAGACUAAAUUGUACCCUGAGUGUUGUCCCAAAUACUGGUGUCCACCCAAAAACUGAGUCAUUAAAGCAAUAAAAAAAAAAUAAAUGAUAUUAUUUUUUAUUAUUUCAUAAUUAAAAUUUAAAAAAUGAAUAAAGCUAUUUCAUUUCUACUUAAA